UUCCACCGUUACCAGAACGUUCCGUAACUUCUCUCUCUGAAUAAAUGGCAAUCGGCUUCUAUCUCGUCAAUUGCUCAUUUUCGUUCCUUCAGCGGCAAGAAAUUUGCGUUCUUCCCGAAGAAAAGUCAAAAGAAAAAAUCCCUGUUCCAAUCGCUCCGCUGAGGUUAGCAUUGAGAAAAUGCAGAGGGGUAGAGGUGGCAGAGGCAACUUCUUUGAUUUUGGGGAUCCAUUUGCUAGUUUUGGCAGUUUUGGGGAUCACAAAAGCAUCAUGUCUAGCUUCUUCGGGAAGGACCCAUUUGAUGACCCUUUUUUCAGUCGCCCCUUCGGAAGCAUGUUUGGCCCUAGCAUGCUGGGACCCAGCAUUUUUGGUGAAGGUGGGAGCCUUUUCAUGGAUUCUCCCAACUCUGGUUUCCUGGAGCACCAAGCUCUGCCACCCAGUAAAUCGACCAGACCGAUAAUACAGGAGUUAUCCUCUGAUGAUGAAGGUGAAGACAGGAGGGGUAAGGAUGGGAAGGGUAAUUCCAGGUCCAGUGAUGAGCCAUUUGUUCAACACCCGGAUGAAGAAACUGAAGCUUGCGACGUGAAAUGUUACUUGCAAAUGGCCUUAAAAAAACUGCGAUUGGAGUUGCAUCUUGCAGAGAGAAGUAAGCAUAUGCAGUGUAGGAAUGAAUAUAACAGGGCACAGAGAACACGGCCGCAGAGCCAGACCUUCAGCUUUCAGAGCUCCAGUGUGACUUAUGGUGGUGCCAAUGGGGCAUAUUAUACUUCAUCCAAAACCAGGAGGACGGGUAGUGAUGGAAUGACUUUGGAAGAGAGCAAAGAGGCAGAUACAACUACUGGUAGAGCAAGUCACAGAAUCUCUAGAGGAAUUCAUGACAAGGGUCACUCCGUCACAAGGAAGCUUAAAUCAGAUGGGAAAGUGGACACUGUCCAGACACUGCACAAUCUGAACGGAGAUGAGCUUGCUGGUUUUGAAGAGGCAUGGAAGGUGAAUGCAAAAAAGCACUUGCCUGGAUGGAACCACGAAUUCGACAUGCUCAACAGUGGCCACGAAGACAAUAUAGGAAAUAGUGGUGGUAGGCGGGAUGGACGGGCAUCACAAGGAUGGGCACUUCCAUCAACAGAGUCGCCACCGAACCGAGAGAGGAUAAGAUCUCAAGGUAAUGCUCGGGCCAACUCUUCUUCGAGGAGAGCGUAAGUGCUUAUUAGUAGUCUUACCCAACAGUUUAGUUGGCUGUCUACUGAGGCAUCCUCGGUACUAGGGUUUUUGUUAAUGAUUGUUAUCCAAGCUGAAAAUUCUAUCUGCGAGUUAUAUGUGUACCUUCUGUACUGCACUAGAUUAGUUUCAAUGGAUGUAAUUGGUCAGCAGACUAUUGAAAGAUAUUCUUGAGAUGGGUUGUGGACAAAUUUAUGCUCUGUGUAUUCGUGUUGAGCAUGGACAAAACCGAUGGCUAUCCUCUACGAAUUCGUCUCCGAAUCACCAUGGAUUUUAUACAUGUACAGUUGAUGUU